CCUCCCGUCCUGGCGUUUGCCCGCAGGAAGAUGGCGGCGGUCUCAAUGUCAGUGGCGCUGAGACAGGCGUUGUUGGGGAGAAGGACAGCGGCUUCAGCUGCCGUUUCCGUCUCUAGAGUUCCAGCCAGGUUGUUGAGCACAUCCACAUGGAAGCUGGCACAGGAUCAAACUCAAGACACACAGCUUAUAACAGUUGAUGAAAAAUUGGAUAUCACCACUUUAACUGGUGUUCCAGAAGAGCACAUAAAAACCAGAAAGGUCAGGAUCUUUGUUCCUGCUCGCAAUAACAUGCAGUCUGGAGUAAACAACACAAAGAAAUGGAAGUUGGAGUUUGAUACCAGAGAGAGAUGGGAAAAUCCUUUGAUGGGUUGGGCAUCAACGGCUGAUCCCCUCUCCAACAUGGUUUUAACCUUUAGUACCAAAGAAGCCGCAAUUGCCUUUGCAGAAAAAAAUGGAUGGAGCUAUGAUGUGGAAGAGAAGAAAGUUCCAAAACCCAAGUCCAAGUCUUACGGUGCAAACUUUUCUUGGAACAAAAGAACAAGAGUGUCUACAAAAUAGGUUGGCACUGGCUUCAUUUCUGCUUGACUGUGAAUAAAGUCAGCUGUGCACUAUUUAUAGUCUGUGGAUAAUGCACCUCUUAAUCUCCUAAUAAAUGUGACCUUUAAACCAUA